CGCCAUCAACAAUCUGAAUCCAUAGUCGGAAUCCUCAUCGCCGGCAGCUCGCCGUUCGCCUCCUCGCUUUGCUUCGUCUUCCUCUCAAUGCUUUCUUUCCGAAACUGUUAUCGGUGUCCGGAAAGUUGUCUCCAUUGCUUCUGAUCUUUUACUCCGGUCUUGUUCCGAUGAGGUUUUGAGAAGCAAGGAUUCGUCGAAUUCAGCUUCGGAGAAGUAAAUCGAGCGGAGUAGUUGUGUUUUGGUGGCUCAAUUGAGAGAGCCUUGCUUUGUCAGAUAGAUUGGAAGUUAAUCAUGGCUCCCUCAAAAAAAUCGAAAGGCGUGAAUAGGCGAUUUUCUUAUAUUCAGGAGGUUGCUUCAAAUAAAGAUGGAGAAAAUACAAAGAAAACUGGGCAGCGGAAAAGAAAGCUGUCUGACAUGUUAGGGCCUCAAUGGAGCAAGGAAGAACUUGAACGCUUCUAUGAAGCAUACCGCAGGAAUGGGAAGGAUUGGAAGAAGGUAGCUGCCUCAGUCCGCAACCGAACUGUGGAAAUGGUAGAAGCUCUUUACAGUAUGAAUAGGGCUUACUUAUCUCUUCCUGAAGGCACUGCUUCGGUGGUUGGACUUAUAGCAAUGAUGACUGAUCACUACUCUGUUCUGGAAGGAAGUGAUAGUGAACAAGAAAGCAAUGAAGGGGUAGAAGCAUCUCGAAAACCUCAAAAGCGUGGCAGGGGAACAGUUCGAGAUCAAUCCUCCAGAGGUUCAGAUGGAUCAUAUACUGAUCUUUUGCAAUUUCAUUCAGCUGCAGCAAAUUAUGGUUGCCUUUCAUUGUUGAAAAAGAAACGCUCUGGAAGUAGGCCUCGUGCUGUUGGAAAAAGGACACCUCGUAUACCUGUAUCAUAUUCUUAUGAAAAAGAUAGAGGGGAAAGGUACAAUUCACCAAUUAGGCAAGGGUUUAGAUUAAAGGUAGAUACUGUUGAUGAUGAUGUUGCUCAUGAGAUAGCAUUGGCAUUGGCGGAAGCUUCACAAAGAGGUGGUUCUCCCCAAGUUUCUCGAACACCAAACAGAAAACCAGAGACACCUUCACCUGUUCAGAAUGUUGAAAGGAUGUGUGCUGAAUCAGAAAUGACUAGUGCAAAGCUUCACGGUAGUGAAAUGGAUGAGGAUGGUUGUGAAUUAAGCUUAGGAAGCACUGAAGCUGAUAAUGGAGAUUAUGCUGGAGUUAGAAACUAUUCAAUGGAUGUGGAAGAAACAAAAGAAGCUUGCAGUGGGACAGAAGAAGGACAAAAAUUAGGCAAAUUUAAGGAAAAAUAUGAAGUGGGAGCUGCAGAUGUCAAAAUUUCUCAAGCUGCUGUUAGGGACACUAGGAAGCGAAGUAAAAAAGUGCUGUUUGGAGGAGAUGAAGAUGCCUCCUUUGAUGCCCUGCAAACUCUUGCUGAUUUGUCCUUGAUGAUGCCCGAUACAACCGCUGACAAUGAGUCAUCUGUGCAUUUCAAGGAAGAAAAAUCAGAAGUAGUUGAGAAGAUUAAACUGAAAGGGAAUCAUUCUAUAGCUGGAGCCAAAGCAACUGCUGUGAAAACAUCUAAACUAGGAAGACUAUUUGAUCAUGAUGUUACUGCUGUUCCUGAAACAAAGGAAGAAACUCAUCAGAUUAACAUUGGAAUGCGUAGAAGGAGACAAAAAGGCUCACCAUUUAAAAUUCCUGAAGAUGAAACACAUCCUGAUUCUCAUUUGGUUAAAUAUCCAAAAGUUAAGGCUACAGAUGAGGUGAAGAAGCCAGUUAGCAAAGGAAAACGUUCUCAUAAUGCUGCAUAUCCAAAGCAGGAGAAAUUGGUUAGACCUCCAGAACGUGCUUCCUCAAGUAAUGAUCAAGGAAGUGAAUUGAACAAUUUGACUCCUUCAACUAUACUGGUACCUGUAAACAAGGUUAACUUACCCACUAAAGUCAGGAGUAAGCGUAAGAUUGACGCACAGAAAAUUGUGAUCGAGAAGGAUAUAAAGUCCGAGGAUAUUGUGAAUGGAAAAUCUAAUAUUCCUAGUCCUUCACUCCAUGAAAAAUCACUCAAUCUUAAGGAAAAGGUUUCUAAGUUUCUAUCAUCAUAUCAAGCACGGAAAUGGUGUGUUUUUGAGUGGUUCUAUAGUGCAAUUGAUUAUCCAUGGUUUGCUAAAAGGGAGUUUGUGGAGUAUCUGGAUCAUGUUGGGUUGGGUCAUGUUCCAAGAUUAACUCGUGUGGAGUGGGGUGUCAUACGGAGUUCCCUUGGCAAACCUCGACGAUUUUCUGAGCAAUUUUUGAAGGAAGAAAGAGAGAAGCUUAAUCAAUACCGGGAAUCUGUUAGGAAUCACUAUGCAGAACUCCGUUCUGGUGUCAGGGAGGGACUUCCUACUGAUUUAGCACGGCCUUUAUCAGUUGGGCAAUGUGUUAUAGCUGUCCAUCCAAAAACUCAAGAGAUUCAUGAUGGCUGUGUGCUAACUAUUGAUCGUAGUAGAUACAAGAUUCAAUUUGACUGUCCUGAGUUGGAAGUGGAAUUCGUCAUGGACACCGAUUGCAUGCCUUUAAAUCCACUGGAAAAUAUGCCAGCAUCUCUUGCAAGGCAAAAUGUUGUUUUUGGUAAAUUUAUUGAGAACUUCAAUGAGCUUAAAAUGAAUGGGGUAGCAAAAGAAAGGAAAGUGGAAGAGAGCACUAAAUUUUCACUCUGUCAGAACCUAGAAAGCACCAAUAGUCCUUCUUGUAUAUCCCCAUCGACCAACCAUGUCAGCAAGUUAUUACAGCAGGCAAAGGUUGAUUCACCAAGUCCUAAUUUACAACCUAAAGUUGGGCCAGGUGAAAGUGUCUAUACUCAACAGGUGGUAAAUUCUCAGCCUUAUGUCCUGGCUCAGAUCCAGGCAAGAGAAGCAGAUGUUCAAGCUCUUUCUGAGUUGACUCGUGCCCUUCAUAAAAAGGAGGCUGUGGUGUCUGAGCUUCGGCACAUGAAUGAUGAGGUGUUGGAAAACCAAAAGGGUGGGGACAACUCUCUCAAGGAUUCAGAUUCUUUCAAGAAGCAAUACGCUGCUGUCCUCCUACAGUUAAAUGAAAUCAAUGAGCAGGUUUCUUGUGCUUUAUUUUGCUUGAGGCAGCGUAACACUUAUCACGAAAGUGCCUCACCUUUGUGGUUGAAGCCUUCGGCUAUUACUAGUGAGCAUGGUGGCCACCUAAGCUCAUUGGAUCACCCCACAUAUCACACCCAAGAAUCUGUAUCCCAUGUGGCCGAAAUUGUUGAAAGCUCGAGAACGAAAGCCAAAUCAAUGGUUCAUGCAGCAAUUCAGGCAAUUUCAUCCUUGAGGAAAGGGGGAAAGGUCAUUGAAAGGAUUGAGGAUGCUAUAGAUUUCGUAAAUAAUCAGAUUUCAGUAGAUGAUUCAAGCAUGGCUGCAGUAAGAUCUUCAGUUAAUAGUAAUCUAGCUUCCCACGAUCAUCUUACUGGCCGCACACCAAGUCCAUUGGAAACUAGCACAGCACCUGAUCUUAAGUUGGAUGAGUUGUCUGACCAAGACGAAGCACAAAUUCCUUUGGACCUUAUUGCACAUUGUGUGGCUACCUUGCUUAUGAUUCAGAAAUGUACCGAAAGGCAGUUCCCACCAGGUGAUGUUGCCCAGGUACUCGAUUCUGCAGUUACAAGUUUGCAGCCAUAUUGUUCACAAAACCUUCCAAUUUAUGCUGAGAUACAGAAAUGUAUGGGAAUUAUAAGGAACCAGAUAUUGGCUUUGGUACCUACAUAAACCUCAUUUUCAUUAUUUUAAAUUCUUGUUGUAAAAUCUAUAAAGCUUCCCUACCUCCCAAUCGCAGAAGCAUUCUCCACACUGGUUUUUCCUCCAAGAAGAAUCAAUACAUGUAUCAAUUGUAAAACAAUGAUACCAUUGUCAUUCUCUCAGUAUAUGAAACUCAAUUUUUUUUCCCAU